AUGUCUGAUGAACCAGUAGCUGUUGCGGCCAACACUGCUGUUGGGACAGAAUCUAUUUCACUUGGAGAUAAGUUUUCCAAUUUUAUGAGCAAUGCUAUGGAGAACAAUCCAUAUUUUGCAGCAGGUGGUGGAUUGAUGUUGCUUGGUACUGGGCUAGCGGUGGCUAAAACCGGGAUGGUCAAAGGUAGCAGAUUGUUGUACCAACAGAUGAUAGUUGAUCUUGAGAUACAAUCUAAAGAUCGAGCAUAUUCAUGGUUUUUGACAUGGAUGUCUCAGUAUCCCAAGAGGGUCUCUAAGCAUUUGUCAGUGAGGACAAAUUACAUUCAACACGAUAAUGGAUCGGUAAGUACUAAAUUUGAUUUGGUGCCGGGACCAGGUAACCAUUGGAUUCGGUACAAAGGAGCCUUUAUCCUGAUCAAAAGAGAGAGGUCCACUAGGAUGCUAGACAUCAGUAAUGGGUCGCCAUACGAGACAGUUACGCUAAAGACGCUAUAUCGAGACCGUGAUCUGUUUGACUCUAUAUUGAGAGAAGCUAAAGAGAUGGCGUUGAAGACGAGCGAGGGUAAGACAGUGAUCUACACAUCGUUUGGACCUGAAUGGCGUAGGUUUGGACAACCUAAAGCCAAGAGAUCCUUGCCAUCGGUGAUACUUGAUAAGAAUAUCAAAGACAAUAUAAUGAAGGAUGUUCAUGAUUUUUUGAAAAAUGGGAAAUGGUACUCAGACCGAGGAAUACCGUACAGAAGAGGGUAUCUGUUAUAUGGGCCGCCUGGAUCAGGUAAGACUAGUUUUAUCCAGGCGUUAGCAGGUGAACUUGAUUAUAACAUAUGUAUAUUGAAUUUAUCCGAGAACAAUCUUACGGACGAUCGAUUAAACCAUUUGAUGAACAAUUUACCACAACGGAGCAUACUGUUGUUGGAAGAUAUAGAUGCGGCAUUCAACAAACGUCAUCAAACGUCUGAACAAGGGUUUCAAUCUAAUGUGACGUUUAGUGGGUUGCUGAAUGCGUUGGAUGGGGUGACUUCAUCGGAAGAGACGAUAACGUUCAUGACGACGAACCAUCCUGAGAGGUUAGAUUCUGCGAUACUGAGACCUGGUCGAGUGGAUUAUAAAGUGUUUGUUGGUGAUGCCACGAAAUACCAAGUGAGGGAGAUGUUUUUGAAGUUUUACCCUGACGAGAGGUUGUUAUGCGAGGCGUUUGUCAAGGAGAUACUGACGUUGGACAAACCUGUGAGCACAGCACAGUUGCAAGGAUUGUUUGUGAUGAACAAAGACGACCCGCAAUCGGCAGUGGAGAUGGCGCCAUACAUAGCCGACCCCAACCAGUUUGCAACGCAGCGCUAA